AUGUCGCGGUACGACGACUACCGCUCCUCCUCCGAGAGGGUGGAGCGCACUCGAGAGCGCCGCUACUCUCGCCCUCCUGUCCUCGACCGUCCCCGUCGGUCUGAAGAAGAUCGCUUCGAAUCCCGCCUACAUGAGAUUGACAGAUACGGUCCUCCUGCCCGCCGGCCGGACAGAUUCUACGAGGACGACCAUCUAAUUCAUACCUCGGGUCCACUUGUUGCCUACGAACGGCCACGCGGUGACAGCCCUCCCCCGCGCCCUCGCCUGCUGCGUCGCCAGUCUUCCUUGGAUACAUUUGACCGCAUCCCCUCGCGCAAGCUAGACGAAUACUACAUCCGCGGGCAUCUGCCUCGCGAGCCACCUGCGCCUUCCAUUCCCCGGAGACGUCCCUCCCGCCGACACAGAGAGACUGACUACUACGAAGACAUUCGCAUCGCGGAGCCAGAGUACUAUGGCGAUGAGGAGUUUCGAAUUCUGCAGGAGCGAGAUCGGUACGCGGCUCAUCCGCGCCGGUCGAGCGGUCGCGUUCGCGAGGAAGUAGUUGAAGAGAUUGGAUAUGAGAAACCGUAUCCUCGCAAGGGCAAAACUCGCAUGCCGCGAAGACUGGUGCACACACUUGCGAUCAAGAAGUUGGGAUAUCCGUAUGAGGAAGAGGAUGACCGAAUCACGAUCCAGUUGGCUCUUUCCAAAGAUCAGAUUGACGAAGUCAUCAGCUUGAGUCGGGAGAUCAGGCGCCAGACAGAAACUCGGGCCAUAUAUGCUCGCCGUUCACCAUCGCCAAUUCGUGCGCGACCGAAAGAGAGAACUGUCGAGCGACUCACGAUGGAGACAUACUCCCCCCGAGCAAGCCAUGACACAUUGAUCAUCGAAAGAUCGCCCUCCCGCCACCGAUCUCCAUCGCGCCAUUACGAGCUCAGCGAGAAGCGAGUGACGAGGGCUGUCUCCCGUACACGAUCAAUAUCAGUCCAUGGUCGCCGUCGGGGACUCUCCUCUCCAGUACGGAUGGUGGAGCGAUUUGAUGAUCACGUCGAUUUUGACAAGAGCGGUACCGGUCCUCUGGCCAUCGUCGUGCGUCCUCGAGACAGCGAUGAGGAUCUUCGCGAGCUCAGACGAUUGGAGAUCAGCGACAGAGACGAAGUGAUCCGUGACACCCAGCUCACGCUUCCCAGUGGUGACGUCGAGGAGAUCACUGAAGUGAGGAAAGACCGCAGAGGACCCAACCCCCGGAUCCUCCGCGCAAUGAUGGCAACUCUCACCUGA